AGGUACCAUGCGGUUCGAAACGCUCCUGCCAGGCCAGCGCAACCGCAAUACACACAAACAGGCACACUGUCACUUCGACCCAGUCGAAUGACUCUGGGCUUGAUUUGCAGCUAUGUCGAUACUCCUGGUUCCGCUAACUCACGGGACAGCCGAUGCAUAGGGAGCAAUAGUAGCUCUACGACCGCUACUCGGCGCGCCAGCUCAAUGGUAUAAGAGUGCCCGCGAAAUUGCUUCAUCCUCAGUCUCCUUCGAUCCAGCGGUUUCUUUGCUAGCUUAGAGAUGACGUUCACUUUACUUUCCUUCGCUCUCGCAGCUCUUGGGUUCGCGAACACCGCUUCUGCGCAAAUCGGGCCCGUUGCAGUCCUACCUAUCAUUAAUGCAGAAGUCAACCUCGACGGUUUCCCUCGACAGGCCGUGCUUGCGGGUGGUACUUUCCCUGGGCCAACUAUCAAGGGAAACAAGGGGGACAACUUCCAGAUUAACGUACAGAACUAUCUCACUAAUGAGACCAUGGACAAGACCACUACUAUCCAUUGGCACGGUAUAUUCCAACGUGAAACUAAUUGGGCAGACGGCCCGGCCUUCGUCACUCAGUGUCCGAUUGCCUCUGGUGAUUCUUUCCUCUACGAUUUCAACGUCCCUGAUCAAGCCGGCACCUUUUGGUACCAUAGUCACUUGGGGACGCAAUAUUGCGACGGUCUUCGUGGGCCGUUCAUCGUGUACGAUCCGGAGGACCCUCAUGCCGACUUGUAUGAUGUCGACGACGAGACGACCAUCAUCACACUUGCCGAUUGGUAUCAUACGGCUGCCAGUUUGAUCACACCUCCGGCGGACCCUAACUCUGUCCUCAUCAACGGUUUUGGUCGCCAGGCAAACGACACGACCUCCCCCCUGGCUGUCAUCAAUGUCGAGCAAGGAAAGAGGUACCGCAUUCGUCUUAUCUCCAUCUCGUGUGAUCCGUAUUUCAACUUCACCAUCGACGGCCACAACUUCACCAUCAUUGAGGCCGACGGCGAGAACACGGAGCCGCUGCCCGGCAUUGACGAAAUACAGAUCUUUGCAUCCCAGCGAUACUCAUUCAUCCUUGAUGCUAACCAGCCGAUCGACAACUACUGGAUUCACGUCCUUCCGGAGAUAAUCGGAAAUCCUGGGGCUCCCCCUACUCCUCCUGGCCUGGCUAUACUUCACUACCUCGGUGCACCCGUAGUAGACCCCACUGCCGACCCCAACGAAGUCCCAACGCCCGAGAAUCCUCUCUUCGAGCCCAACUUGCACGCGCUCGGCGGACCCGCACCUGGCGAGCUGGAUCCGGAUUGUGCAGAAUGCGACCUUGUUCUGAACUUCACCUUCAAUACACCCAACUUCUUCGUAAACAAUGUCACCUACGUUAGCCCUACGGUUCCAGUCCUCCUCCAAAUCCUGGGCGGUAAUUACACCGCUCAGGACCUCAUGCCGCAGGGUAGUGUGUACACUCUGCCGCGCAACCAGACGAUCCAGAUAACCAUGCCCGGUGGCGUCCUGGGCAUCCCGCACCCGCUUCACCUGCACGGCCAUUCCUUCUCCGUCAUCAGGAGCGCCGGCAGCAGCGCGACGAAUACGAUUAACCCUGUCCGCCGGGACACUGUCAGCAUUGGGUCCUCUUCUGCCGAUCAGGUCACCAUCCGGUUUACGACCGAUAAUCCCGGCCCCUGGUUCCUGCAUUGCCACAUCGACUUCCACCUUGCCGCUGGCUUUGCUGUGGUUAUGGCUGAGGACCCCGCGGAUGUCCCGAGCUAUGUGAAGCCCAUUCCCCCCCAAUGGGACCAACUUUGCCCUAUUUAUGAUGCUCUCCCGGUGACAGCGCAGAUUCUUACCCCUCUGGCUGCUAAUUUGAGCACCUAUACGCUGACUUGAGACGGCGACUUCGCUCACAUUCCAACAACUCUACACCAGUCAAUCUUUCAGCUUCAGUAUUUAACGC